GGAAAAUCCUAAACUUCUCACUUGCUUAAAUUCAGGUGACGUAAAAUGAAAAACAAACAAAACUUUUCCCAUGAGUCUCGAGAAAUCCAAUUUCCCCGGCAAAUCUACACGUGCCGCGAUUAAUUCGAAAUCCCGACCACGACAGAGGAGAAAUAUUGACCAUGUCCCAAGAGAAGCCAGACGCUUGCAGCCAGACCCAGUCGCAGCCUCAGACCCAGUCCCAGAGUGGCUCCAGCUCCUCCUCUGCUCCAGGCUCUGCCAGCCAGUCAUCCUCUGGGUCUGGCACAGUCAGUUCUGUGGACACCAUCCCCGUUAGGGACCUGGGUUCCAUACCAGAGGAGCAUGAGCCACAGCCCUGGGGCCUCCUGCUGCCUAUGCAGAGAGGCUUCAGAGCCCACAACUGUGUUGAGGACGACGCUUGGUUUGGCCGGCACACUAAAUGCAACUAUUCCUUUGAUGUCCCCAUACUGAGGAAUUCGUCCAGAUUUGCUGCAUACAGCAAUAAACACUUUAGGAUAUUCCGAGAGAAGAACAUUGUCUAUGUCUUUGACAACAGUAACAAUGGCACGUUUGUUGACGGUAAAAUGAUUGGAAAAGGAAAAAUGUUGCCACUAGCGAACAAUGCAGUGUUGUCCCUUGCUGAAGAACGCCACAAAGUGUUUGUGUUCAUUGAUCUCAUGGUGGAUGAGCAGUCCAACCUACCCAAAGAGUUAAGCGAGAAAUACAUGAUCACCAAAAAGAUUGGAGUUGGUGUGUGUGGGGAAGUGAAGCUGGCUUUUGAGAGGGCCACUUGCAAAAAGGUGGCCUUGAAGACUAUCAACAAGAAAGAUUUCCCGGCAUCUGUUGGCACUGCCACGCGAAGUGCAGAACGAGAGAUCCAGAUUCUUCAAAAGAUUGACCAUCCUUGUCUGAUCAAAACAAAAGACUUCUUCCAAACAGAUGACUCAUACUACAUUGUUUUAGAGCUCAUGGAGGGUGGGGAACUCUACGACCGGGUCAAAAGCAAGCAACAGAUCAAGGAGCCAAUUGCCAAGCUAUAUUUUUACCAGAUGUUGAAAGCAGUAGAGUACCUUCACAACAAUGGCAUCAUCCACAGAGACCUCAAACCUGAAAAUGUGCUGCUUUCGUCUCACGACGAUGUUUGCAUCAUCAAGAUCACAGACUUUAAUCAGUCCAAGAUACUGGAGGAGUCUGCCCUGAUGAGGACCCUUUGUGGAACACCCACAUACCUGGCACCAGAGGUGUUUACAGACGCAGUCACUGUGGGCUACAGCAGGGCUGUAGACGCCUGGAGUUUAGGGGUCGUCCUGUUUGUGUGUUUGGCAGGCUAUCCCCCAUUCUACCCGAAUGCACGAAUUGGUUUGUCAGUCAGUGAUCAGAUCACCCAGGGAAUAUAUACAUUUAUUCCAUCAAAAUGGGACGGCAUCUCCGAUGAUGCCAAAGAUGUUGUGAAGAAACUGCUUCGAGUGGACCCCAAUGCCCGCCUCACCAUUGAGGAGGCAUUACAGCAUCCCUGGCUGAUGGAUGAGGCAAUGAAGGAGACCGCUGAAGGCAUCAUGUACCCCAAGGACCCCGGAGAUGCCGACGCCACAGCAGACCCCGGAGAUGCCGACGCCACAGCAGACCCCGGAGAUGCCGACGCCACAGCAGACCCCGGAGAUGCCGACGCCACAGCAGACCCCGGAGAUGCCGACGCCACAGCAGACCCCGGAGAUGCCGACGCCACAGCAGACCCCGGAGAUGCCGACGCCACAGCAGACCCCGGAGAUGCCACAGUAGCCUCAAUUGGAAAGAGGUCAAGAGAUGAUAAGGAGGAGCAGCAGCCAACAAAGAGGUGACCAGGCCCAUCCACAGAAGCAACAUGAGCCACAUUCCACCCUCGUCGCCCCAUUGGAGACUCCCCUGAUAUUUUUCUUCUGGCAAUUAGGCCUACUUGAAAUCAGUAUAUUGCAUUUCAACACCGAUCACUGUAACCAUUCCCACAUGUCCCUGUUCAGGAUAGUGCAAUCAACUGGAAUUUACUUGAUUACUGCAUGUUGAGUUUCAACUCAUGGGCACAUGCGGAGCUAGCUCCACAUUGUUACGAUGGUGAUAUGUGAAUACUUCCAUACAGCAGUUAUACAUUAGCUAGUGUAAAGCAUAGCAGGUACAUUUUCAACUAACCAGUUCUUGGCGAUACUUUUGUCAUUCUCAAUUCUGGAGAAAAGUAUUUUCUCGAUGUCCAGUUGCAGGUGGUUCUCCAAAAAUAUAUUAAAUCCACGUUUGCACCGAGUGAGGAGUUCCCUCGCCAUUUGAUCUGCAUCUUGUGUUUCCCCAAGAGCUUUGCAGGAACUAGAUGUUUCGAUGUGACACGGCCACAUGUAGGCGACGGAGCGUCACACAGUGGGACCAAAACAAAUAUCUGCAGACAUACAAGAGGCAUUUGCAUUUCUCACUCGAUACAAAACGUGGAUUUAAUAUCUGUUUGAAUAUUAAUUUUUUUAGGGGAGAACCACCUGCAACUGGACAUUUUAUAAGAUGUACUUUUCUCCUAUAUCAAGAACAAAGAAAGUAUCACCAAGAACAGGUUAGUUGAAAAUUGGCCUGCUAUGCCUUAUACUAGCUAAUGUGUAAUGUAUGGAAGCAUUCAUAGAUCAGCGCAACAAUGUGGAGCUAUGUCUACUGGAAAUUGCCUCCUGUUUUGUAAAUUGUUUUUGUACAAAAAUGUUAUUUUCCACUGGGUUUUUAUUGUUGUGCAUCCCAUAAUUCUUGAUUUGUAUAUCAUAAAAAAAAUCUUACUUUAUUGAA